CAAUCGCAUACUUUGACCAGUUGAAGUUUAAAAGUUAUUAUUUAUAUUAUUAUAUGUUAUUUUUUAAGUAAAUAUAAUAUUUCAAAUAAAAAUGUUAGCUACGCCAAAAAAUAAAGGGGACCUAUUUUUGGCUUCUUCACUUUGCGAUGGUCUUGAAGAUACAAAUAUAAAACAAGUGACAACUCUUAUAUUGAAUAAAGAGGCAGAUCCUAAUGUUUUAAUUCCCACACAUGGUAUUACUCCGUUUCAUUUAGUGAUUGGCAAUGAUUCAGAAAUAUUUGCAGAAGAAGUAACAAAAUUAUUUUUACGACAUGGUGGAAAUCCUAAUGUUAAGUCUGUUGAUGGAUUAACACCUGUUCAUGUUGCCGCUGCUUGGGGUAGAAUACGUAUUUUAGAGUUACUGUUAUCAAAUGGUGGUGAUCCUUUACAGUUAGACGACGAAGGUCAAAGUCCAUUUCAUUAUGCAUUUGAUGGAAAGUAUUAUAAAGUUAUUACACUACUUGGAAAAUAUUGUGGUUAUAAUAUAGAUGAAGAUGGAAAACCAAAAUAUAAAUUAUCAUUAGAUAAAAUUGUCUUAAAUAAUGGUAAUGCUGUAGCUGAAUAUAUCAUACCAAAAAAUACUUCGUUAAGUGUAAACUAUGAUGGCUCAAGUAAAAUGAUUUUGAUAUAUUCUAAUGAACAUAUAUCUAGUGAUAUAGAUGACUCCUGUAUGACUUCCAUUGUAUCAUCUUUUCCAUCAAAACAAGAUUUAAAGAAAGAUGAAUUAGAUUUUAUGUUUGAAAAACUUUGCAUUAAUGAAAAUGUUAAAAAGGAGAAAGUUCUCAUUAGUGAAAUUAUUAAUUCUCUUUCUACAUCACUUACAAGUGAUGCAACUAUUAAUGAAACCUUCUUAGAUCAUGUAAAACAUGAGAAACAAAGUAUGCCUACAAAAAGUUCACCUAAGAAUUGUAUUUUACCAUUAUUAUCUUCAAGUCAGAAGACGAGUUCUAAAUUUAAUUCUAUAAAGUCAAAGAAAAAAUAUGUCACAUCAAAAUUCAAGCAAAAAGAUUUAUUAUCGCAUGAUUUUAACGAACCACUAAUUGAGUCUUGUAAAUCUAAAUCUACAAAAAAAUCCAAGACAAAUCUUCAUAAAUUACCUUUUAUGUCAUCAAGUAUUUUAGACAAUUCAAUUAUAAGUACUUCACCGAAUUUUUAUACUCCAAUAAACAAAAGAAAAAGACAAAAUAUAGUUAAAACUUCGAAUGUCGAUAGCUAUUCUCCAUCAAAUAAUCCUAGAAACAAAUACAUUAAAUCCAUUUUUACACCAUAUCCAAGAAAACAAUAUAAAUCACCGAUUUCUUGUGAAUACAAUGAGCAAAGAAAAGAAAUGAUUCAAUCUACACCAAGAAGAAAGCAAAGGCAUAUUCAGACUUCUUGUAAAGAUAUGACAAAAUAUUAUUAUCCAUAUACGAAAAAUGAAGAUAAAAAAAAGAAUUCUGCAUUAGAACAUUCAGACAAGACAUUUAAUCUUAUUUCAAGUGAUACUUCUAUAUUAUCGUUAUCACCAGACGAUUCAUAUUUUCCUAAACAGAAAAAUAAUGAAAGAUAUGUGGAUAAACGAUUUGCUGUGAAAUUACAUGAAGGCAAAUAUGAUGAAAACAUAAAUGUUUUAUCUUAUGAUGAUACUUUUACUAUUUUAACCAAUUCUGAUAAUCCAACAAUAUCUUCAAAUAUUUUACAAUCUUUAACGGAUUUAAAAAGCACAAAUAUUAUUAAUAAUAAUAAUCAACAUGUAAAUAAUAAUGAUCCUUAUGAAAUAUAUAAUCAUAUACAAUCAUCAGCUACAUGUGAGGAUUUGAAAAAGAUGAAGGCACAUAACUGUGUUUCUGAAAUUGAAAAAUAUACAACAUUAAAUAUUGAAAAACAAGUUUUAUCAAAUAAUACAGAAAUAAAUGAUUUACAGAAUAGAAAACUAAAUGAAUAUAAUGUAUUAGAACAAAGUAUAUCAAUGUCAGGGUCUUCUGCUUUAUACAUAAGUGUAGAAGAAGAAUAUAAGUAUGAAGAUCCAGAAAAAGGAGUCAUUUUACUAGAACGACGAAAAUGUAUCACUCCUGCCAGCAUUCAAGAAGAUAACAAAGAAAAUGAAUCUAGUUUUAGCAAGAAUAAAACAAAUAUCUCAUCAUCUAAUUUUCCAUCUGAAUUGCUUUUCAUUGAUGAUCAUAUUCUUAGACAAAAGCUAACUGAAUUAGGUGAUAUGCCUGGGCCAAUUACUACUACCACAAGACACUUAUAUUUAAAACGUCUUGUUAAUAUACAAAAUAAACAAAUGUGUACAACUUCGUCUUCUUUAAAAGAUAUUUCUAAUGUAAAUCAAAUGAAACCAUGGUUAGCAUUUGGAGAUUGGAUAAAUGAUUUGAAUUUAUAUAGGACAAUUGAAACUGAUGUAUUUAAAGAAUUCAUUUCACCAGAUCCAUCUCGUAGAUGGCGUGAAGGAACAUCUAAAACCUCUUUUAAUUAUCUUUUAUUGGAUCCACGUAUAACUCAGGAUUUACCACAUCGUACUUUACAGCUUUCCGAAUCAGAGAUUUGGAUGACUUUUCUUUCUUCUAUAUUUUACAUUGGGAAAGGUAAACGAUCUAGACCCUAUUCUCAUCUUUAUGACGCUUUUAACAUAUGGGUUUCAAAAGAACAAAAUUUAUUAAACAAAAAAAUUAAACAUAUAUUAGAUAUAUGGAAUGAUGGCUAUGGUGUUAUAUGUUUACAUGUAUUCCAAAACACAAUUCCGGUAGAAGCAUAUACGCGAGAAGCAGUAAUGAUAGAUGCAUUAGGUAUUGAACAUUUAACAAAUUGUAAAAGUGGUGAAUAUUAUGGUAUUAUAGCUACAUGGAAUUCGAGAGAUAAAUGUAGAUUUGGAAGAUAUUUGUUACAUAAAGCAUUACAAAUUUUAUUGCACGAAGGUGAAAGACAACUCUUUCCUCAACAUUUAUAAAAAUGUAAAAAAUUUUAAAGGAAUUAUUUUUGUUAGAUGUGUAUAAAAAAAUAAUAAUAAUUGUAAAUAAUCUGUCCACUUAUAAGAUUAUAUUAUUACGUAACUCAAAGA